CACCUGUGUGCUGCUUUUACACUGGAGAAAGUGCAGGCCGUUGCAACUUCCCUUCUGCACUCGGGCUUCUGCUGCCUUCUCAAGCCGGUUUGAAUGUGCCGCAGCCUCACGAGGGAAGUCUACCAAGAGUAACAUAUGCAGGCCCUUACAAUCUCGUGUUCAAAGCGGCUGGUUCCUUAGAUUGCGUAGGAACGAAGGCUCUUUCAAUCUUUUUUGGCUUGAGACGUGCAUAGGGUUCAUCCCUUUCUUCGCUAGCGCUCCGUCCGGAUUGUAGGGGUACUUUCACUUCCAAGGUCCGCAGGGGCAGCAAAUUCCCCGUGUUUUAGAUGCGGCCCAGAGCAUUUUCAUGCUCCAGGGAGUGAGGAAUUGUUUGAACACAUUAAGGCGUUCCACAUCUGCAAAGUGUUGCACUGUCGCAGCAAUUUGUCGCCAGCUGCUAUUCAACAACUCUGAGCUUUCCUCCAAGUGCUGCCAUUGUUCAAUCGGCAGCCCCUGAUUAUGCUUGCAAUCUUGGCGUCAUAAGCAGUUUCUGCUGGCCUUCAUAAGCAGGUUGGUGUAAAGAAAGCAGAAUUAAAAUAGCUGAAGUAGGAUUUGAGAUAAUGGCAGCAGGUUGAUCUGAGGACCAGAGACGGCAGUGUAAUUUUAGUUUCUGAACAGACAUUGGGGCAGCUUCAAGGAAGGUUAAAUUCGACCGGUUUGAUUACCUCUCAGCUAAUAUCGUAAUUGACAGAUGGCUUCCGUCAUGGUGGACCUGCAAGUGUCUGCCAAUUCCCGGUGGCCGUGGAGUGGCCCGGGCCUCUCAGUUGGAUCAUCUGCAGUCUCCAUCCUGCUCUCCAAUGUUCCUGCUAACAGCCCUGCCUGUGAGGGCCUUAGUGAGCACGUCACAGAGUGCUUAGAUAUCCCAGCAGCCAUUCAAAGGCUGCAGGCGCCCCGGUUCGAGGAGCUCAAUGACGACCAUGUGAUGGAAUUUGUGAAGCACGACAUAACACGGGGGAAGUGGUUCCACCUUGAUGCCGAGUCGCUCACCAUCUUCCAAGAGACCGACGAACUCGUCGACCUUUCAAGUGGGGCGCCCGUUCAGAUUCUGAACCAACACACCGUCCAUCUCACAAUCCUCCCCUCCCCCCUUCCCCAAGAUCGAGGGGGCCGGAUAUUCAUCUCUUAUGGGGGCAAGACGAAGCAGCUUGUGGUACCCUUUGUGAAGCCGACAGAUACUAUCCGCGAUCUUAAAGCAAGGGUAGAGAAAGUGCUGGGGGUGCCUUCCGCAUCCCAAAAGCUGAUGUUCGGGUGGCGGGAACUGUACGACGACCGGGCCACUGUAGAGGAGUGCGGGCUAGUCCAGAACAGCAUAGUCGUACUCGAACCGAAGCUGUCGGAAAAGGGUGGUGUUGAAGCGAAGCCGUACAAGAUCUUCGUAUCGCUGCUGGAUGGCACUCGCAUGGAGCUGCAAGUGCGCGGCUGCGAUCGGGUGGGCUUCGUGAAGGAGCGCAUCCAGGACGCGCAUGGGACGCGCGCGGCAGAUCAGCAAAUCAAGUUCCGGGGAAAGAAUCUAGACGACCAUCGGAUGCUAAAGGACUGCGGAGUCACGAAAGAGCAAACCCUGCACUCGAUGCUGAAGCUCCGGAUGGUUACGAAGAAGCAGAUCGCGGCGGGAAAUCUUCUCAGGCUAGUCGUCGUCCGGGACGGAAAGGAGAUUGACAAAGUCGAGGUCGCGUUCAAGGACACUGAUACGGUGGCGGAUGUCAAGUUGCGGCUGCGGGCGCAGCAUGGGUCCUUGUUGGGCACGGGGGAAGCGCAGGGGGGAGGGAUCGCGGCGGGCGGCAGCGGGGGUGCGAAAGAGUUCGAGGAGCUACAGAGAAAGUACGAGAAAAUGGUCGAAGAGAUGGCGCGAAUGCAGAAGCACCUAUCGAGUCGGGGGGAGGGAAGUGGGGCCCAUGCAAGCCCGACAGAACCCCAGCCGGCGGCCGGUUCGAGCGGAGGGUGGGGAAACCAGAGCGAUGCCCGCCCUGGAAUAGAUUCUGCCGAGGCAUGCAUGCCUAUGGAGGACGCGGUGCUGAGUGAGAGGGGGCUGCGGAAGAUGGAGUACCCCCCUGGUUGGAAACCCAUCUUUGCGACUGGGGUGUCCGACGACGGCGCCCCACUAGCCACUGCAAUGAGUGAUCCGGCGGUUUUUGCUGUGGGGCCCGAGCGGGGGAUUGACAGGCCCAACGGAAGCCCACUGACGCCUCUCGACUUUUCAGACUUAAUCGGAGCUAGGAGGACCAGUCCAGACGGGCAAGCUGAGUCGGGGCCUGCGGACUCUGUGGCUCAGGAGCCCGGUCCGUUCGACCACUACGAACAGCUUUUAAGCCGGCCCAGUACGGCUCCGAGCGCGGUCUCUUUGCAGGCCUCGAAGAAGGUAGAGACGGUGGGCGACUCGAUCUUGAGGAAGUAUCUACAGGAAGCCAGUAUUUCUGACCUUGAUUGACAGGAACGGGGACUUCAACAAGCUGCCUUGCAAGUCUCCUUAUGUCCGCUCGUUACAGAUCGUGACUUUUCGGCUGGGAGACUACUGUCAUUCAUCGCGUUACAUAUGACACCCUGGCUUGGGUACUUUGUCG